AUGCCCCCCACCCCCCGACCACCCAACCCAGCACCCAACCCAGCAAACCCUAACCCUAACAUCCCACCCCAACCAGCACCUACAACAAAGCCACUAACGCCCCUCCGCAUAACCACGCCGGAAGACCAAUGCACGACCCUGCACGGAAUAACCUACACCUUCUACGGCUACCCCGACAACGACCCGCCGGGGGCCGCCAUCGCGUACGAGUGCCCGCACCGCAGCGGCAGCGGCACCGCCGGCGGGACCGGCACCUACGACGACCCACUGACCUUCGCGACCGCGCCGGGCGAGUUCGAGCUGUGCGAGGUCAUCUACUCGCCGUACCUGCAGAAGUACCUCAUCCACGAGGACUACUGCGAGAGCUGCACGCGGCACUGGCCGCACAUGUGGCAUGUGGACGUGUGGUUGGGCGGGGACUCCGUGGGCGCCGCGGCGGAGCAGCUGAGCUGCGAGGCGAGGCUGACGCCCGAGCUGGAGAGUCAGAGUGUGGUCAGGGGGCCGAGGGGGGAUUUGCCUGUUGAUGGCACCACGUUCUACGCCGGGGGGCAUUCCGCCUGUGGCGUGGAGCAUGUCUACCAUGCGGCUGGGGCGGAGGAUUAUUGUUGA